GACGUGACUUCCGGUCUCUCUCCCUCACACACACACAGGCGACAUUUACAACAACAAGGCGAGCCGAGAGGACGAAGCAGACGACGGCACCACCUGAGCACACAGGUACGGAGAACAAAACCCUCUCUCGUAAAUCCAAGAACUACCACGACAGAAGACUUCCUAUCAAUAUAAUUGGAAGCCACCAACUUCCCCAGCAGAUGAAGCAGACGCUGUAGAAGGGGAACCACAUCCCUCCCCCACCAUCAAAACCCACUGCAGAGACAGUUGUCUUGUUUUAUCUGAGCCCCAGAAUGGAGAGGAUUUGAGGCAGCUUUCUCCUCAGGUGAUUCCUGAGUUGUGACACAAAAAACUCAGGUUCUUCAGAGCCCGCCCUGCUAGUAAUAUGAGCCAUGGACUCCUUGGCAGUUGAUAGUCCUGUUACCCUGGUCAUCAAGGCCCCCAACCAGAAGUAUGAAGACCAGACCAUUAACUGCUUCCUCAACUGGACCGUGGAGAGGCUGAAGAGUCACAUCACCAACGUGUACCCCAGCAAGCACCUCGGUAGGGACCAGCGACUGGUGUACUCGGGGAGGCUCCUUCCAGACCACCUACAGCUCAGAGAUGUGCUCAGAAAGCAGGAUGAAUACCACAUGAUGCAUCUAGUGUGUGCCUCUCAGCCCCCAGCCUCACCCAUGCCUCGAAGCCCCGCCAUGGCCAGCUCUUCUGCUUCUGACGCCAGCAGUUCAGACAGCGCCGGAUCCGCCUCCCAUGCCAGUCAGCCAGCCCCCUCCUCCUCCUCUGCUUCCUCCUCCUCUGCUUCUGUCCCAGGAAGUUAUGACGGGGUGAGGUAUCGCGGCGGCGUCCCCCAGUACAACCCUCAGGGCCCCGCUGCUGUUCCUCAGUGGCCAGACGGAGCCCAGGUCCCUUUACAGGGCGACCUCCCUGCCAACAUGCCCCCCCACCCCAUGUACAUGCCCAUGCAGAUGCUGUGGUGGCAGCAGAUGUACGCACGCCACUACUACAUGCAAUACCAAGCAGCAGUAGCCGCCUCCCAGCCUCCCGGCGCCCCCACCUUCCACUCCCUCCUCCUCCCCGCUUCAACCGCCCCCCAGCCCAACGAGGCCGUGCAGCCCCCGCUGGGGCCAAACCCGGCGCCCAACCCUCUGCCCGAGAACCGACCCGCCAACCCGAACAUCCAGAUGAACGCGCAGGGCGGGGCGGUGAUGAACGACGACGAGCUGAACCGCGAUUGGCUGGACUGGUUGUACACGGUGUCCCGCGCCGGCGUCCUGCUCAGCAUCGUCUACUUCUACUCCUCCUUCAGCCGCUUCGUCAUAGUGAUCGGCGCCAUGCUGCUCGUAUACCUGCAUCAGGCUGGUUGGUUUCCCUUCAGGCCGGAGCAGCAGAACCACAGAGGAGGAGAACGGGUCAGACCUCCUCAGGAGGAGCCGGAGAGACACCAGGACAUACAGGAAAUGGAGCGCCUGAUGGAUGAGGGGAUGGAGGGGGUGGAGGAGGACGACAGGGGUGAGGACGGAGCUGGAGGCCCAGAGGACCAGGACCAAGACCAAGCUGCCGCCGCCGCCGCCCCUGUCGUCCCCGAACCAAGCUUCGUUACCACCGCGUGGUCCUUCAUCAGCACCUUCUUCACCUCGAUCAUCCCAGAGGGACGGCGCCAACCGGUCAACUAGGGCGACCCCCCCACCUCUCAUACACCCCUCUACAUCCUGCCAGCAGGUACCGCUCGACAGAAGUACCACAAUACCCACCUUGGUCUUUACCCCCCUAAAUACCCCCCAAAGCAUCUUCAAAUACCCCGAUGCGUUCAAAUACCCUUUUCCCCGCCCGGACCGCCCGGUUUAACCCGAGCCAGGCGGCUACACACCUCCUACAUUCAAAACCGGCUCCUCUUAAAUUCAUGAGCAGAUGCUUUGUGAGCUCUGCAGGAAGUUAAGAGAAUAAAGGAUAAUAAAGAAAGUUAAUCUCACGUUGUGUUAAUGGAUCUAGUGCUUCAGCAGUGAUAGUUUUCUUUCUUCUUUUUUUUUUUUUUUUUUUACUUUCAUUGGUGAAUUCGUUGAGACGUGGUGAUGGUGAGAGAACCCGGAGGAUGCUGUCUUCCAUUUUAAACAGUGAUGAGGUCAUGCUUUUGAAACUUUUUAAAUGAGGGAUGUGACCAAAACAACUAAAACAAAAAAUCAGGAUCUCCCUAAAAUAAAAAGGGAGAUGUUGUGUCCUUAACAAACCAUGAAAACCCCACAUCCCUAAAGACAUUUUCAUGUAUGCACACGAUUUGCAUAAAGACAUUGCAGCUACUGAAGCACAUUGUUUUCCCACAUUGUGUAUUUGAAUAUUAUUUACACAUGUAAGUAUAUGCAUCUUUAAUUCCUGAAUAUAUGCUUUUUUUGAAUAAAAAUAUUGCUGCGGUUUGA